AUGUUACAUUUAACCAAAUUGCUCACAACCAACCAUUUUCUGCGAUCGCAAACCCUACCGCCCUCCUCUGCCUCUACCCAUACGCCAACUCGGCAUACCAUCCUCGGCGACCCAUCCCCUCUCCACGACCAUCACAAGCAAGAAAGCUUCUACGAAUUAUGCCUUCUUCGGCAAUUUCCGCGGUACCAUGUGACUGUGGGUGUGGGUGAAGGGGACGACCAAUUUAUUCUAGCCAAUUUCUCCGUUUAUUCGUCCUUUUUUUUUUAUUAUUUCUUCCUUUCUGACAAAUCUCUGUACCCCUGUUUGCAUCUCCUGUACAUUCUUUCUUUCUUUCUUUCUUUCUUUCUUUCUUUCUUUCUUUUUAUCAUUUUUCUUCUUUAUUCUUUCCAUCUUUCUUCUUUGUCUUCCCCGGAAUCAUUUUCAUUGAUUCUUUCUUUCUUUCUUUCCUUCUUUCUUUCUUUCUUUCUUUCUUUUAAAUCUAUGACCUUUCUUCAUCGGUGUCAUUUUCAUUCAUUCAUUCAUUCCUUCUUUCUUUCUUUCUUUCUUUCUUUCUUUCUUUAUUUAUUUAUUUAUUUAUUUUCUUUCCUUCUUUCUUCUUUGUCUUCCCCGAAAUCAUUUUCAUUGAUUCUUUCUUUCUUUCUUUCUUUCUUUAUUUAUUUAUUUAUUUAUUUUCUUUCCUUCUUUCUUCUUUGUCUUCCCCGAAAUCAUUUUCAUUGA